GAGUCGCAUCAGAGGCAAGCGGGCAGCACCAGAGGAGCCAGAAGAUUGGGAUCUCGAGGAUCCUAACAACCGAGAGCCCAGUCAGCCGAGCAACUUGCGACGAGUGGGACGACUUCCAGGUCUGGACUGCGAAGCUUUGGAUCACAGGGACCUACUACAGCUGGACGCUACGCCUUCAGCUGGGAACAUGACCUCCAAUGGGGAGGGCAGCAAGGCUCAUGAAGGGCCACCGAGCUGGGAUGGGGAUGCCAGCACGUUUCAAGAGUACGAAGAGAGCAGUCUGCUAUGGGAACAAUCUGUGGCUUACGAGAAAAGAUACUUGUGUGGUCCGAAGUUAGCAGCGGCACUUAAGGGUGCCGCCAAACGACUGGUGGCUGGGAAGACACCCAGCUGGUUGUCACACAACAAGGGUGUGACCACCCUCAUGCAGCACCUCCGGACUGCACUCGGUAAGCCACAAGUAUCCGAUCUAACAGAGCACUUGAGCAAGUUCUUCAAAGGAUCCAGAAGACGCAACAACGAGGAUAUCAACAGCUACAUCGCUCGCAAGAGCGAGAUCUAUUUGAGGGCUUGCCAGGCUCUACAGAGGGUGAACCCCUUGCAGACACAGCGGACUCCAGGAUCCCAGGAGGGAUCCACGACCUCGUGGACGCCGACGUGGAACUCAAGCCGGAGAAGCAGCUACGACCACGGUCAAGCCGAGGAGGACGCAGAUGAUGCAGGCGACGCCGGAGUAACGGCGUCAACAACCGCGACCGAGGAGACCUCGAGGAAUGCAUGGAACAGCUACCAGUGGAACUACGGGUACUACAGCUGGAACAACCCGUGGUGGAGCUCCUCCUGGGGCCGAUAUGGCACCUGGGACAAUGAGUCCUGGGAAAAGCCGGUCCCAGAGGACAUGCGCACGGACCUGGCGAUGUUGGGCGAGGCGGCGCCAAUGGGAUGGACCAAGGUGGAACUUGGUCAACGACUUCGGGAACUUCGCGAACAGGGGAUUGCAGAUUCCGAGGCUCCUACGGCCCUCACCAGCAUGGAGAAGAUGCUCAAGGACCUACGGAAGGCGAGCAAGCUCAAAAGCACCCUCACCACCUUCUGUACCCAGGUCCUCCACCUCGAGCUCACGGGGAACGAGGUGAUGUCCAAGAUGAUCGACAAGGCGACCAAGGAGAUCCACCGGGUGUGCCCACCCGAAAGCCACGACUAUGUCGGUUUUGGAAAACAUGCGGACGAGCGCUAUGUGACGAUUGCGACCCAGUACCACGAGUACGCGAACUGGGUCAAGGUGACGUUUCGGGAGAAUGGCGAGGAGCACGUGGACCCACGCCUGGCCCGCUUGGCCAAGUGGCUUAUCGAUCAGGAGCAGAAACCCGAGCCCAAGGUCAAAGCAGCGGUGCGGAAGGACAAGGGAUACAUGAAGAUGCGAGUGCCCGACGACCGGAACCACAGCCCAGGCCGUCACAGCGGCAGCCGGUCGAGUACGGAUCCUACACCGGCCCAGACGAUGAGGAUGAUGACGCAGAUGGCGGAGGCCCUGGAGUCCGUGCGCCAGGAGCUGGCCGAAGUGAAGGGCGAGAGACCGCGGAAGACCGCGGGACGAGCCGAGGAGGGGAGCGUGACGGACAGCUCCUUCAGCGUGCUGAGUGGCUCCCCACAGAAGGACCUCGACCUGUGA